ACAAAGUCACAAAAACACACAUUCUUCACUCGCCAGCGAGUAAAAGUUACGUUCCUCUCUUAUGUGCAGCGUAUUUAGUAUUAAUCAGACUAAAACACCCGAAGAUGAAAGCUAAACGUCUGAGUAAAGCUCAACGAUUGUCUUCGACUACAAUCAACACACUUCCUCAAACCAUAAUUGAAAACAUCCUAUGUCUUCUACCCAUUCAAGAGGCAGCACGAACAAGUAUCCUCUCUAAGGAAUGGAGGUACAAGUGGACCACUAUUCCCAAACUUAAGUUUGGUUCGUCUACUUUGUCCAAAGGAAAAAACAAAGAGAAGCUACCAUCUGACAUAGCAAGUGCAAGGAAAAACAUGGACGAAAGGUGUAAACUUUUCAAUGCUAUACACCAUGUUUUGUUAAUGCGCCAGGGUCCAAUACACGAGUUCACCUUUCACACAAUCGGAACCUACCACUGUUUUGAACUUGAUCAAAUAAUAUUUCGUUUGUCUAGGAACCAUGCUGUCAAGAAAUUAAAACUUGCGUUUAAUCGUCUUACGUUUUCGUAUAAGUUACCCUUAUGUGCCUUCUCUAUGCAUCAGUUAACAGACCUAGAUCUCCGUAAUGUUGAUAUUGACCAUCAACCAAUAUUCAGUGGAUUUGGUAGCCUUAGAAGCUUAUGCUUGUAUUAUGUAAAGAUCUCAACAAAAGCUCUUCUUCAUCUUUUAUCUAGUUGUCCAUCACUUAAGAGGUUCACCUUGCUAGGAUUUAUCGGCUGUAAAGAUUGCACCAUUGUUGAGCUAUUUGAGUGUCUACCUGUGAUUGAACAUCUGACCAUCUAUGGGGGCACUCCCCAACCGAAGUGGCUUGUUCCAGACUCGGUUCCAAACGAGCUUCCAACCUCACUAAUCCACCUCAAGUACUUUUGUUUUAACAGACUGUAUUUCGGUGACGACCAUGGAUUAAUCUUUCUUCUUAUUUUGAUCAAAUGUUCCCCAAACUUGGAGAAAAUUGAGCUAGACAUUGCCAAGGGUAUUGGUGAUGACAAUGAGACGUGGUUUGGUAUAUUGGAAGAAAAUUCAGAUGUUCGGUUGGAGCAUCUGAAGGAAUUGGAGAUUCACUAUUUCCGCAACUUGAAUCAUGAGAUGGAGCUUGUGACGGUUAUCUUGGCAAGGUCACCCAAGCUGAAGAAGGUGAUCAUACAUAGUUUGGUUGAAAAGGAUGAAGAGUCGGAUAUGUUGAAAAUUCUCUUACAAGCCCCACGCGCAUCACCUGUAGAAAUCGUUGUGAGAUCUAUGAUAGAUUAGUUGUAUUGCUACUUUUUUGUGUUUUCUUUCUGGUUAGUCUAUGGAGUUCUUUUGGAUGUUGGCAAUUA